GGCUCGCUGCAGCAAAGCUGAAAGCGACUGAUUACAGGCCAGGUUCUGAGGACUAUAAUGUCGCUGCAGACAACAAUCAAUUGCAGCAGGGGGAGAAGGUGAUGGCGACGGCGAUGGCGAAGACGAAUCCGAGACCCGCAGUGCAAGUAAAAGUGGCAAAUGAAGUGGAAAGUGCCCUCAGAAUGGGAACAAUGAUUCUGCGGAUGAGAAAUCGGGCCGGUGAGCGGUGGCAGACGAACUACUUUGACACACAAAUGCCACUGCCGUCAUCUGGCCUAAUGAGUCCCGGCCUGCUGCCAAUAUUGGAUGAGCAGCAUGGGCGGCAGGAGCCAUUUGAGAGGCAUUACUUGGCCCACGGGCCCAGUACGGUUGAACAGCAAUUACUACGCCUGCAGCCGGACUACAAAUUGCUGUACAGCGCCGAGCACCACACCUAUUUCCACCUACACACCCUGCUCCCGCAGGACAAUGCCAACCGCCAGACAGGAGCAUCGCAAUCCGAGCAGGCAUCGCCACAUCGCCGGCUGUUCCAGCAGGUCGUGGGCAACACACUGACCGCCGCCUUUGGGCUGAAUGUGAUGGACAAGGGCGACCAGGAGCAGAAGGAGCAGUUCACCAGCGAACCGGUGAACCUCUACGAUGCCGCCUCGUUGCGCCGGUCUCGCUUCAGUCCCUUCAAUCCCACCAGAAUCCUCAUUCACGGCUGGUUGGGCAAUGAAAAUGCCAACAUGUACAACGAGCUGUUGCCAGCUUAUUUUGAUCUGAGAAAUGGCAACUACAACAUCUUCACCGUGGACUGGGGACGUGGAGCCAUAGCGGACUAUAUAACGGCCAGCUAUAGGGUCAAGCCGGUGGGUCAGGUUUUGGCCAAGUUCGUGGACUUUCUGCACCAGGAGGCGGGCAUGCGUCUCGAGGAUCUCCAGCUCAUCGGAUUCAGCAUGGGCGCACAUGUGGCGGGACUGGCGGGAAAGCAUAUGCAGAGCGGUCGCCUUCGGAUGAUCCGAGCUCUGGAUCCGGCUCUACCCUUCUUCCGGUACGCCAAGCCGAAGGAGCGGCUGACCACCGAGGAUGCCGACUAUGUGGAGGUGCUGCACACCAGUGUGGGCAGCUAUGGAUUUGAUCGACCUGUGGGCCAUGUGGAUUUCUAUGCCAAUUGGGGCAGCCAGCAACCAGGCUGCUUUUGGCAUGAAUGCAGCCAUUGGAGAGCAUUUAUGCUGUUUGCCGAGAGUCUAGCAAGGGAUCAGGAAACGGGCUUCUUAUCCCAGGGCUGUCCAGCUGGUGAAUGGCAGCAGUUGACCCGAUUCCAUCGCUGCCCAAACGACACCGGAGUUGUACAGACCAUGGGCGGGGAUUUGGCCAACGUGUCGCCGGAGUUCUUGGCCCAAAGACAGGGUGUCUAUUAUUUCCAAACAAACGACCAGCCACCCUAUGUUUUAGCACAAAAUGCCAGCUCGAAUAGGACGGCACACAUAAAAAAAAAAAAAAAAUAAAUAGCGAAAUGGCUGUGAGAACGUAAUGAGGAAAAUGCAAGUGCAGUUCGCGUUUUUAUUUCUAAUUAGUAAGUGCAUGUGUACUAUACACACUCUCACGUGUGUGUAUUUGUGCUGUCCCAUUUCUAAAAGCCGGCUGGCAAAAUUAAAAAAUGCUGCCAUGUGUAAAAUGCUUUUCAUGCCAGUCGCAGGCAGUAAAAAUAGCAAAAAAAAAUAAAGAAGGGGAGUACAAAUUAUGAAAACAUCCGUGCGGG